CUGUACUCUAUCACUUUUUAUUUGGACACAUUGGAUACCUUUACGCGUUGGUGUAAGUGUCUGAGAAGAGGUUGAUGCCAGAGGAAAGAGGGCGGUCAAAGCGUGACGGUAAACAGAGAGCCUCGCUCUGACAACGGUUUCCCUCCCUGCGCCUAUUAGACUGCGUCUCGCACGUGUGCGGUAUUGUCAGUCCGGGGCGCAGCUUCCACCACACGCGUGCUUGGAAAGACCUCCGCACCCUCGAUGCCCGCGUUGGUGAUGCCAUGCCCCGCAACCACAGCGAAGACCAAGGCGGCAACGGGCUCUGGAUGAGAACGUCGCCCCCGGGGCACCGAACCGAAGGCUACGGCUUAAAAGAUGUUGAGUCCGGACGAAAGAUGAUGAGCAACGCGGGAGACGGUUUGCUGUCGGCAGGUGUUGCCGGGUCCGAGAGUCUGCGAGGGAAGCAGGGAGCCCGGCUGAGCCUCCUGGGGAAGCCGCUCAUAUACAGCGCGCAGAGCGGCCGGAGAAACGUGCAUUACCGGCGGCUCCAAAACUACCUGUACAACGUGCUGGAGAGACCGAGAGCCUGGGCGUUCAUCUACCAUGCCUUUGUGUUCGUCUUGGUCUUCAACUGCCUGGUCCUCUCUGUGUUUUCAACCAUCCCAGUUCAUCAGGACUUCUCCUCCUAUUGUCUCCUCAUUCUGGAGUUUGUUAUGAUUGUAGUGUUUGGGUUGGAGUACAUCGUCCGUAUCUGGUCGUCAGGAUGCUGCUGUCGCUACAGAGGAUGGCCGGGACGACUCCGCUUUGCCAGGAAGCCUUUCUGCAUCAUAGACAUCAUAGUGCUGAUUGCGUCGGUGGCGGUGGUCUCGGUGGGUAGCCAGGGCAACAUAUUUGCCACCUCGGUGCUGCGCAGCCUGCGUUUCCUGCAGAUCCUACGCAUGGCGCGAAUGGACCGCAGAGGAGGCACCUGGAAGCUGCUGGGCUCUGUGGUUUACGCACACAGCAAGGAACUGGUAACCGCCUGGUACAUCGGCUUCUUGGUUCUCAUCUUCUCUUCGUUCCUCGUCUAUCUUGUGGAGAACAAGUUCAACAAGGAGUUUGCUACCUAUGCUGAUGCUUUGUGGUGGGGCACGAUCACCCUGACAACCAUUGGUUAUGGGGACAAGACACCAAAGACGUGGACAGGACGGAUGUUGUCUGCUGGGUUUGCCCUCUUGGGAAUCUCUUUCUUCGCCUUGCCAGCUGGUAUUCUGGGCUCGGGCUUUGCCCUGAAGGUUCAGGAGCAGCACAGACAGAAGCACUUUGAGAAAAGGAGAAACCCAGCCGCCUACCUCAUCCAGUGUGUUUGGCGUAGUUAUGCAGCUGAUGAGAACUCGGUUUCCAUUGCAACCUGGAAGCCUCACUUGAAGGCGUUGCAUACCUGCAGCCCCACAAAGAAGGAGCAGGGAGAGUCAACCACAAGUCAGAAGUUGAGUUUCAAAGAGCGGGUGAGGAUGGCGAGCCCCCGAGGUCAGAACAUCAAGAACAGGCAGACAUCUUCAGUGAAUGACCGGCGGUCUCCGGUGGCUGAGGCUGGGACAGAGGGAACGAGCCCUCCCAAGGUGCAGAAGAGCUGGAGCUUCAACGACCGCACACGCUUCAGACCCUCACUGCGACUUAAGAGCCAGUCGCGCUCCACCACUGAUGCAGCAGACUCCAACAUGGCUGGGGAGGAUGGCUACGAUGAGAAAGGCUGCCACUGCGAUAUCUCAGUGGAGGACUUGUUGCCCUCUAUAAAGUCUGUCAUUAGAGCUAUCAGGAUAAUGAAGUUCCAUGUUGCCAAGAAGAAGUUUAAGGAGACCCUGCGUCCUUACGAUGUCAAGGAUGUGAUUGAACAGUACUCUGCCGGUCACUUGGACAUGCUGUGUCGCAUUAAGAGCCUGCAGACCAGGCUGGACAUGAUAAUAGGCCCACAGCCCCUGAGCAGCCGAGCCAAGACCUUUUCCUCCCCCUCCCUGCCUGUCUAUUACAGCCAGGGCAGAAAGAACUCCACCCAGGGAGUGGACCAAAUCCUCGGAAGAGGCCAGAUACCUUUGGAUAAGAAGAUUCGAGAAAAGCUGCUAUCUGAUGGAGAUAUUUUAGAGGACAUGAGCAUGUUGGGUCGAGUCUGUAAGGUGGAGCGGCAGGUCCAGUCGAUUGAGUCAAAGCUGGACUCCCUGCUCGACAUCUAUCGACAGGUUUUGCGCAAAGGAUCGUCUUCAGCCCUCACACUCUCCUCUCUGCCCCUGUUCGAGUUGGAGCAAACCUCGGACUACCACUCUUCCGUCUUCGGCAAAGACCUGUCCAGCUCCACUCAGGCCAGCAGCAGCGGAGCGCUCCCCCCUGGUAGCAACUCCCACCUCUCCCAGGGAGGUCUCCAUCUCAUCCUGGCACCACCCAACGAACUCAAUGCCUCCUCAUCCACCGGCCUCGCAUCCUCCUCUUUCAGCCCGUCACCGCUGCCUCAACAUCAUCAUCAUCACCACCAUCGCCAUCCUCAUCAUCUCCACCAUUAUCAUACCCAGGUUCAGGCCACCACGCCUGAAAGUGGCACUGAUGAGGCUGUGGGGACCUCUUCACCCAUCCUCACCCCAAAUCGUUUUGGCAGUGGAGGAGUUGGAGAUGGAGGGUUUCCUCUUCUGGCGAGGCUUCCACCACCACCCCCUCCCAGCCGAAGUGGGGGCCCGAGCAACUUGCCACGUACAACCUCCACAGAGGUGUCCCCUGACAUGGAGGACAUUUGUAGAAGAAUGCAGAUGGAGGACAGCAGUUUUGGGAAGGACCUUGGGUUGGGGCCUGGCAGACUGGACCAGAAGCUGCAGAGCAGCACCAACAGCAAUUGCAGGCUUAAUACUAAUGAGGAAGGCUCCUGGAGGAGACAUAUGAGCCUAGAGCUGCAGCCCCUGGUGCAACCAGCCCUAGACUGCUGCUCUGGCCCCAGCCAAAUGGACUGCGGGUUGGGCAAGUCCUUGUCAGUGCAGGACCUGAUGCAGGCAGCUCCAGUGACUGUCCAGGACGCCCACCACACCCACAGCCUCUCAUCUCCAAGCCCCAGUACAAGCAGUGACUCCCCCAUUGGCUUCCGCAGCUCUAGCCAAGACCCUGGAGGAGGUGGUGAUAUAAGAAGGAGUGGUGGAGGUGGAUGGGGUGAGGAGGACCUCUUUAUCAGCGACAGGGACCUAGAGGCGCCGGGAUUUGACUUCCUCUCCCUGGGGACUGCUGAGGCCCACACCUACUCAUCGGAGCUUCUGAAGACUGAUAGCAGAGCUGGGUCAGGGUCCCAAGGGUCUAACCGUAGCCUGGCCAGCGGUCACACAUCCUCGCCCUCUGCUGGCAAGACCGAUUUGCUGAACAUGCCGCACGUGCGGCUAAAAUAAACUUGCCUACAUGUUCAGAAGGCACACAAAUCUCACCUCACAGAGACAAUUUUUGUCCUUUUUGGAGGGGAGUGGGAGGGUGGGAUUAUAACAGUGUGAACUUUUUUGUUUAUUUUCAUGUCCAUCUAUUUGAUAAGAAUAACAGUAUUUUCAUACAGGCUAAUAUGGCAUAUGAUUGCAUGAGUUACUGUUAGUUUUAAAGUGUGAUUUACAAACAUGAGAUAAAAGAUGAGGACUUGUAUAAUGGGAACACAGACCCCCAACAACCUGAGACUUUGCUAUAAAAUGAAGCCAACUAAACUUCCUGAAAGAUGGUUGUUUUAUAUGUGACUUUGAGACAGAGCAUGUACGUUGCAUGUUUUUAUUUAAAGGUACUGAGAUUAGCAAGUUUACAGUUUAUGCUUAAAGUAGGAAGGCAUGGACAUCAAACACUUGUGGAAAAUCACUUUGAGAACACGACUGACAUUUUUUGUAAUUAAUGGAAAAAAUGGGACUUAAUUCUUAAACGUGACCCUACAACACCCACCUCCUGCCUCUCCAAUCACAUGACAGCCAUAUAUAUCAUUGCCAAACUUUACAUUCUCGGUUAUUAUCACGAUUUUAUUUCCAUAAUAUUCUGUCUAUUUUAGAAAACAAGGAGUUUUUAUCCUAUGAAUUAAAUCCUAUGAAUUACGAUCCUCAACCAA